AUGGAUAAUUACACAUCUGGGUUUCUUCUCUUGGAAUUCUCUAAGAUUGGAGACAUACGGAUUCUGUAUUCAGCUCUCCUAUUGUUACUGUACUUAAUGACCAUAACAGGGAACUUUCUCAUCAUCACUGCUGCUGUUUUUGACCACCACCUUCACACGCCAAUGUACUUCUUCCUGAUGAACUUAGCCAUACAAGACAUUGGUUCAGUUUCAGUCAUUAUUCCGAAAGCUAUUUUUAAUUGUCUUAUGAAUAUAAGGCAUAUAUCUUAUUCAGGGUGUGUUGCUCAGGUCUUCUUGUUUCUCUUCUUCCUGGGCUCUGAUGUUCCCCUCCUUACUAUCAUGGCAUAUGAUCGAUAUGUUGCCAUUUGCAAUCCUUUACAAUAUGAAUUAGUAAUGAACAGGAAAGCUUGCAUCAAAAUGGUUGGCAGCGCGUGGAUUGCCAGUUUUCUCAAUGCUAUACUACACACUACUGAAACAUUUAUAACUCCUUUCUGUUCUAAUAUUAUCAACCAAUUCUACUGUGAAAUCCCACAUUUAUUUAAGAUUGCCUGCUCUUAUUCAUACUUGGUUCAAAUUGGAGCUGUAGUGUUCACCAUUUCAUUAGCAAGUGGUUGUUUUCUGUUCAUCAUUGCUACUUAUGUGGAGAUCUUCUCUGCUGUUCUGAGAAUUUCUUCUGUUCAAAGCAGGAAGAAAGCCUUCUCCACUUGCCUACCACACCUCAUUGUCAUCACCAUAUUUGUAUUCACUGCUUGCUUUGCUUAUCUAAGGCCCCUUUCUAACACACCAUCAAACCUCGAUUUCAUAAUUACAAUGAUGUAUUCCAUUUUUCCACCCAUACUGCAUCCAUUAAUCUAUAGCAUGAAAAACAAGGACAUCAAAAUUGCUCUUUCAAAAAUUCAGGGGUCAUUUCAUUUUUUUAAAAAACUAUGA